AAUUAUAUUUAUCAUUAGCUUACAGGUAGGUGAAGUGGACGGACAUAGACAAUAACUUGAUCAGUAAAAAAAAAUACCUAAAAUGAAUUCAUUUUUCUGCUUUACUUUCACAUUUAUGAUAACAUUAGGAGUGACGUUCGUAUUUUCCGAAUCCAAUGUAACGCCUUCGGAACAAUGCCCAGGUCAAAAUUUCGAUGGUCUCCGUGAUCGCAUCCAAGUGAUUCCAUGUGGAAAAAAACGCUGUAAAUUACAGAAGAAUACCAAUACUACUGUCGUCUUCAAAUUUAAACCAAGGGAAAAGGUGGAAACACUUGUGAGUGAUGUGUAUGCGAAUAUCGGUGAACUCAAGCUACCGUUCAUCGGCGUGACGGGAGUGAGUGCGUGUCCCAACAUAAAGCGAGCAGAUACCGGCGAACCUGCGCCGUGCCCCUUGGAAGCUAACGAGGAAUACGUUUAUACCAACGUAUUCCCCAUUGAAAAGUACUACCCCAACACGCGUCUCAUUGUCUACUGGAGUCUUAAUGACGGCAACAAGCAAGUUAUAUGUUUUGAAGUUCCUGCUGUAAUAACUUCAGCGGCUUCUUAAACUGCAAAGGUAUUUAAGGCAGGAUUUGGGCAGGUUCGGCUUUAUUUUAAAAAUAGGGAUAUAUAUUGUGCAGAUCAUUUUGGAUUUAUGGACCACAUUUUACAAGUGUAAAUGAUUUUUCAUUUUGUAUAAGGAAGGGCUACUAAGGUUUUUUGUCAGGAUCAUUUGCACUUUGUAUAAAAGCCACGCACCAAAUGCAUUUUAUAUUUAAAUGAUUAUUAAGUAUAAUACAUCUAAGUGAGAUAAAUAAAUUAAAUACUUAUUA